AGUGGGAUUUCAGACUUUCCUCAAGAUAGCAGGGGGUUUCAAAGAGCAGAGAAGGAAGGAAUCCUAAUAAAACAGCCGAUCACCACCAGCUUCUCAAAAGAGCACUUGUCUGAAAAGGCUGAGAGAGUUUCUGAGACCCAGGGGAGAAAGUCCACCCAGACAAGCUCCAGGUGGCCAUUGAUCCUCAUUCCUGAAAGAAGCCCUUGGCUACAAAUGAUCUACUGAAGCAUCCUGAAGAACAGCUAUGGCUGGCACCAACUCAAAACAAUCCUUAAAAGAGGAUCUUGCUGGGAUGAAGACCACUUUGGGACAAAAAUGCCUCCAAGAAGUAUUAGCUAAUGUUGAUAAAGAGUUGGAACUGUUAAAGAACACAAAGCUUGAUAUUGCUUUCACAGGGGAAUCAGGGGCUGGCAAAUCAUCCCUUGUGAACGCCUUUCGGAAUAUCUCCGAUUACGAAGAAGGCGCAGCUAAAAUAGGGGUGGAACAGAUUACGAUGUUUCCAGAGAGAUAUCCCCAUCCUAAAUUCCCAGAACUAACAUUAUGGGAUCUACCAGGAAUCGGGACACGUGAAUUUAAGCCAAAAGAAUACCUAGAGAAAGUCAAUUUUAGCAGGUAUGACUUCUUCAUCAUUGUCGCCUCUGAACGCUUCACGGUGAAUGAUGCAAUGUUGGCCAUGGAAAUCCAAAAGAUGAAUAAGAGGUUUUACUUCGUUCGCACCAAAGUGGAUCAGGCGAUCAAUUCUGAGAGAAGGAAGCCAAACUUCAAUAAGGCACGGAUGCUGGAAAGGAUAAGAACAUAUUGCCUCUCCAAUUUGAGAGAAGAAGGAGCAGUCAACCCAAGGGUUUUUCUCAUAUCCAGCUGGCAUUUGAAUAUGUAUGAUUUCCCUCUCCUACAGAAGACCCUCGCGGAUGACCUGAAUGAUAUCAAGAGAUCUCUUCUAAUCAUGGCGAUGCCGGCUUUCUCAAGAGAACACCUGCAAGAGAAGAAGGCUGCUAUGGAGGCCCUCAUCUGGAAAAAGGCCCUUUUGUCUUGUGGCGUCGGAGUGCUCCCUAUCGCAGGUCUCUCUCUCAUUUUUGAUAUUACCCUCUUGGUGAACACGAUGAAAGAGUUCUGCAGGAACUUUGGAUUAGACGAAGAGUCCCUCCGUAACCUUGCCCAGCGGGUUGGCAAACCUGUUGAUGUGCUGAAAUCUGCGAUCAAAAAGACUCCGAAGGCCCAGAUCGACUCGGAAUUUGUGCGUUCUCGGAUGACCGCGUCACUGAUGGUUGUCUCUGCAACGGUGCUGGAGGAGGUUUCAGAUUUCGUGCCUGUCUUAGGCUCUCUGAUCGGUGGAGUGAAUUCUUUUGCCACCACAUAUUUCCUGCUGAAGGACUUCCUACAAGAUGCAGUGGAAGAUGCCGAGAGUGUUCUAGCAAAAGUUGCUGAGUAAAGAUCCUGCUGAAAAGACCUUCAUUACCCUUUGGGUAGCAAAGAAAAGACAGACUUUUCAGAGCAAAUAAUAUCCGUUACUUCCCUCUAAAGAAAGCUUACCCACUCCUGUUAGACUCUUGAGCGGGGUUGCUGGAUCUGACCUUAGCCAGAGACCAAUCUUGUACCUUUAAGAGAACAGAGUUUCCUUAGGCUCUGCUUCUCAUUCUACUCUAGCAGCUUUCUUUUAUAUGUAACCCUUAAAAGUACCAGAGUUCUCUCAAACUGGGUUUGUGUACUCAUACAAAAAAGUGCAGAUAUAGUUUUUGAUGGCUUUUUUUUUUGUAGCAGGAACUCCUUCGCAUAUUAGGCCACACACUCCUGAUGUGGCCAAUCCUCCAAGAACUUACAGAGCUCUUCGUACAGGAACUACUGCAAGCUCCAGGAGGAUUGGCUACAUCAAGGGGGUAUGGCCUAAUAUGCAAAGGAGUUCCUGCUACAAAAAGCCCUGGUUUUGGGGAAAACCAUAGGUUUCUGCCACGAUUAUCUUGUGCUGUUUUCCGGACAUUCUGUUUCAAGAUACGGUUGCCAGGUCCAUCUCAGAAAAUGUCUAGGGAUUUUGGGGGUGGGGUCUGGAGACUUCCAGCAGUGCAGUUCCUCCGAAUACAAUCUUCAUUUUCCCAGCAGCUGCACCUCCACUAUAUAAAAGUGAGUACACACACUCACAAAGCAGUGAAAAUAAACACAAACAUUUUGUAAGUACUUUUGUGAUCUCACUGGGGCAAUUUUAAAGUCAACACCUUUCUCCAUGCAACCGUGAGACUACCUCCAAACAACAGAAAUGUAGAAAAAGUCCAGGAGGGAGGUAGAUGUUUUGCUGUGUCUCCAGCCUCCAAUGACAUUUCCCCACCUCAACCUCCCUUCCUUCUAAGUCCUUGGGAGUCUGACAGAUGAGAGGCCCAGAAGCCUGGUGGAAGAAUCCCAUCAACCUUUCAGGAUCCUCAUUAGGGUUGCCAAGUCCCCUGCGUCCCGGCCUGGUACCUAUUGUACCAUAGAGUUUUCCCUCCCAAAUGGCUAGAGCAUCUGGGAAACCACUGAGUUUUCCCAGAAAUGCCUAGAGUGCCCGCUGCGCGCCACCACUGGCAUGAUGACGUCUCUUCCGGGUAAUAUCAUCACUCUGGCAACAUAGACGGAGAUUCCCUCUACCGGCCCAAAGUAGGUCAGUGGGUUGGGAACCUCUCGGGUGGGGGAACCCCCGCCUGGACCGGGGACUUGGCAGCCCUAAUCCUCACACAGGAAGCUAUGAAACAGCUUUGCUUGGGAACCAAGCUUUAACUAGAAGGGCAGGAGAGUGGUAGGGUGGCAGCUAGUAUUUAGGGUGGCUAACAAGCAUUAAGCUUGCUGCCCUUUCUUUAACCUUUCAAGAGUAUUUGCAAUGCGUGAUGGCAUAUGGUUCAUGCUUCCAUAUACUUUCUAUUCCGUAUAUUUACUAUUGGGGACUGGAUUAGAUGUGCCCCAUAUACACAUCUUUCUGUGCUUUCUCUAGCCAUGCCUCUUACCAUUUGUUCAUAUAACAGGAGGUUACUUUUGUAAUGUAUUGUACCACAGUGCCUUCCAAUAAACCUUUUCGAUUUGUAUCAGUAA